AUGACCACGCGCGUUCCACGCUACACCUCUUUCUCCACCGCGGUCCAGGAUGUUCCUCCACUUCCACCACCGAUCAAUCCCCAGUGGGAUUACGUCCUCUGGAACACCACCUGUCGACACCUCAGCAGAGGCCAAUUCAUCGAUGGCGAAGCAAAGUCAUCACAAUCGACGAUACUACCCAUCCUGAUACCUGUAGCCAUCGCACUAGGCCUAUACCUCGUGCUCUUUCACGUGCUUGUACCCACAUGGCGGGCGCAUCGUGAGCGGUAUCGUCAGUACCUGCCACUACACGGCGCAUCAUCCUUGACAUCCCGCCUACCUCACGUCUUACAGCCAUCCACCAUCGGCCGGGGCAUAUCUUCCGUGCUCCUCCGUAUCUUCUUCCCCACAUCCUACGCCCUCAGACAGGCAUCUGCCGCCCAGCAGAACGCCGCAAGCAACGGGACCACUGUCUACAGAGCCUCCUCGGUGGACGGCGACUCUGACGACGACGAAGCAGCCCUCUUCACGGCCGAGUCCGGCGAGGCCAUGACGAACGUCCCGCAUGCUGGCUCUGAUCCGCGUGAUUUGAACAGAAGGCGGCGGGAGAAUAUGGAACGAUACGCGAACAGAAACAUGGCAUAUGCGCGGGCCAUGGAGGAAGGCGAGGAUAAUCGAAACGCGACGCCCACUGGUGGUCUUGUUGGAGGCGCGAUGAGGCCAAAUCCGGAUAGAGAAGUUCACCCAGAAACGAGGUUAAAUCGGGAGUUGGAGGCUGGCUUCCGAGAUGACAGUGAUGAAGACGAAGAGGACGACGACGGACGGGGUGUGACAGUCGGGAGGAGGAGCUUCAGCGCGAAUCGAUAG